GUUGACAGCGUUAUUUUUUAAGCAUGUUGAAAAACCUGUGAAAUUAUUUUUACGGCUUAAGCUACUUCUGCAUGAAAGCUACGAAAUUCAGAUCAUAACUUGAAAUUCGAAGCAACAUCUUCACAUUUCAGGUCGCGAGCGCGUGGACUCCUGGUACAGCGCCAACUCGAAACGCAGCACCUACUUUUCCGUAACGGGCAGCUCCUAUCAAUCAACGGCCGACAGUUCAGAUCUGCCUCAAAUGGGCGGUGACUGUUGCGCAGGCGGCACGGUACCCAGGGAACGCACUUAUGGCCCGCCCCCUCAAAUACCCGGACUGCCCGCUCCUUUGCCGGCCACGUGGAAGUGUAUAGAGGGGCGGUUCGUGAUGGUGCAUGCAUCGUAUCAAAGUCAUUUGGGGGAGGAGUGCCUUUUCGCGCCUGAGGCCAGGUUGGACGAUGGGAAAAUUUGGUUGCUCAUCGUGAAGGCAGGUACAAGCCGAUCUCAAUUACUCCAUUUUCUGUUGGGAUUGAGUACGGGUGCCCAUGCUACAGCGUCCCAAAACCCAGAAGGAAUUCAACUGUUUCCAGUGAAUGCAUUUCGUAUAGAGCCAAAUAUGACAGAAAAUGGUUACAUGACAGUUGAUGGUGAACAUGUAGAAUAUGGUCCCAUCCAAGCAGAAAUAUUCCCGUCUCUGGGCAGGGCGAUGGUUCCCUGAUCAGAAAAGGCAACCAAUGAAAUUCUUCCAACUCGAAAAGCGAAGGUUGUGAUAUUGUCUACUCUGGAACCGCUACUCGUCAAAUUUGAGAGUUUUUAACGACAAGUUACCAGUGCUCAUUUCUUGUUAUUACGUUUAGAAGGUAGCUAAAUUCUCGUUAAGUUGAUGCGAAUUAGAACAUUAGGAACUGCUGCUGGAAUACAGGGUUUCUGGAAAUAUCCAGCUCUACAUAAUUACUGCAAUAUUACAUCAUUUAGGAUCAAUGACCUAGUUAUAUAAAUAUUUAUUUGGAGAUCCGAACUUUCAAGAAUAACCAUUAUAGUCGUUUAUUCGUCCUUUAACGUUUCAGCUCCUAGGCAAAAUAUCCCACUAGUUAAUUGCAAAAACACUAACAUUUAUUCUUUUACAUUUUCGAGACGACAACUUACUAUAUAAUCUGAGAAAUCUUAUAUUCUACUAUAUCAUUCUGGGCGUCCUGUAUACCUUCUUAAUUAUCAGGCCUAAACAGGAGUUACCACUACUCAUGUAUUUUUACAUUUUAUCUAUUUUUAAGUCGUUUAUAGAAUCCUUUUGAACUAAAUGUGAUUUCUAGCAUUCCUUUAACGUCAUUAUGCCUUUUUUCUUUUCCUAUUUUUUAUACAUUCUUGUCUUGCCAUUCCCCCAAAAUGUCAAAAGGGACAGUUUUUGUAGCUAUAACGAUUAGUUAUUAUUUUUGAAACUUUAAUAUUUUAUACCAUUUUUAAAUAUGUUUACAUUUAUUGUUGUUUGAUGUUUUAAGCUAACUUCAAACAUCGAACGGGUCGACUAUGUUACUAUGUUUUUUCGGUGAUUCUUUUGCCGCUUUAACAUUUUAUAUCAUUUGUAAAUACGGAUGUGCAUUUAUAACAAUUUAUAUUGAUUUUUAGAGUUGGCUUCAGGCUAUGAAACGCGUUUUGAACAUUUUUAGAUACUUGUUAUAGGAUUGACUAGUAUAGAUUCUAGUGUAGAAUUGCAUGAAAAUUGAUCUUCCAUAUGCAUUUCCAUGAACUGAUUUAUUUCGAAAGAAAAACUAUUUACAUAUUUUUUCCGAUAUUGCCUUAUUUGGAGUUUGUCUCCAUGGCAGCUUGAGUGAAAAGUUGGCCAUAUCAAUUCAUGGUGAUGCACUGUUAUUUGAUAAUAAUCCGAUAAUUAUUUUUAAAUCUAUUUUUCAGUAUUAAAAAGGAUGUCCGGUAAAUAGUACGACAAAAAAAAAGGUCGGUAGGCGAACGGCAGAUCUACAACAUACCAAAAACUGACCCUAGUAAAAGUUUCACUGUUUUUAACCUUACAGGAUAUCUGUUUGUUUUUUUUUUCCAAAAUAUUCUCAGAUAGUUGGUAUGUCAUUUGAAAUAUCAUGUUCGAUAAAUACAAUACAAGUAUGUACACUUGACAAACUAAUUUCUUCUUUAUAAUUUUUAUUUCAAAAAAUUAUUUUACUCAAUUUUGGUAUUCAGCAAUGAAAUAAAAAUGUACUAGACUGCUACUGCAAAUGAAAAAUAUACAUUGUUUCUGCCGUGAAGUCUGAUUUACGUUUAAAUACAAUAUUCGAAUUAUAGUUAAAAUGAAACCUUUUCCUAUAAAUAACGUGUUUAAUUGUUGAAUGAGAUUAAAAGUUAUUACUUACUCGUAAUUUGAAGGUAGGUAAAACAUAGGGGUGCGAGGGGACCUUGCUACCUGGCUUACCCUGAAAACCCGUGUUUGAAAAAUGCAACUAUUUUUUACGGCUUGUAAAGAUAUUUGCUGUUAUAGUUCAACAAUGGCUAAGUAUGCGCACUUCACUUUCUCUAUGGGUCCGUACAAUCUUUACCGGUGUUUUGUGCGCUUGUCUACCUCGCAACUCUCGUGUCUUGUUCACGUACUAACGAAAAAUUGCUUUCAACUAGGACUCUGAUGUGCUAAACGAUUUGGACAGUGUUGACUGUGAUAAUACCUACGUUUUGCGCUUCCUUGGACUUUGGUUUACUCUUUUUGAUUCGAUUGUCCUGAACUUGGCUAGGGCAUCAACAUCCGGUGGCAUCUACACGUCGCUUUAAUAUGGAGAUAUUCACCUCAUCUAUGGUGAAACUCGCUGCAAUGCUAGAGCUGCCGCGAGCCUUAAUACUGAGCGAUACCCCAAUCGCCGGCAUCCAGGCUAUGAAGCUUUUACCCGAACCCAUAGGGCGAUUUCUGAAGGACCUAGUCCUGGACAGCGUAACGGUGGUGCACGGCAUUCACUAAUCGAUGAGGAUAUUGUCUUAGACAAAGUUGAAGAAGAUCCAUCAACAUCCGUGAGAAUGAAAGACGUACAGAGAUACCAAAAUCCACAGCCCACGAAAUCUUGCAGCGUCAUGCUUUACAUCCUUAUAACAUUCAGAGUCCAAACUUUGCCGCCAAGGGAUUACCCCGCCAGAGUAACAUUUUGCCGGAAAAUGUUAGAAAGGCACCGAUCUGAUUCAAAUUUUUUUAACACAAUCAGUACAAAAUAAAUUUGUGGUCGGGAAUAUUUAGUUGCCAAAUUCUGGGACCCGUCGAAUUGCCGCCAAGUCUCCACUCUGAAAAUUAUUUAGAGUUCUUGGAGACACAAUUACCAAUUUUAUUAGGUGUCUCGUUGGAACAGCGGUGUACAUUGUAGCACGAAUACGAUUGGCUGAUCUGCUCAGUACGGUCGUCAAGUAAUGGCACAUUUGAAUAAGCGAUACCCCCGCCGAUGGUUCGGACGAUCUGACACAAUUGAGUGCCCCCCUCGGUCGCCCGAUCUAAACCCCCUAGAUUUUUUUACUAAGGUUGCCUAAAAGAUAAAGUGUACAGCAAAACUGUACAAAGCGCAGGCCAUUGCGACAGCAAAUAUCUUCAGCUGUUCAAGAGAUAUCACAAUUAAAUCUGAGGAAAUUAAAACAAGCAUUUCUGAAGAAGUGUCAAGCCUGUGUUAGAGUGGCAGGAAGGCAAUUUGAACACUUUUUAAGUGCAUUUUUUUAAUGUAGUAAAAAUUUGCAUUUUAAGCCUUAGGUUUGUAUUUUUCAAAUAAUGUGCAAUAUUUAAAGCCUUAAACGAGUAUUUUAUUUAGCAUUUCCUUAUUUUUCAAAUAAAUUGGCUUAGGUUUCCAAAAGUAACACUGCAAUGCUUUAAAACCGAAUUAGUGAUUCAAUUACAUUUUGACCUGAAUCCCUUCGAGCAGAAAAAUGCUGUAUUUUUUUGCGGUAGCAUUAUUUUACCUUUCUGAAUUCCUGAUUAAGCAAAUAAUCUAUCGUAAUAUUUGCAAUAGCAGUCCAGUACAUUUUUUUUUCACUGCUGAAGAUCAAAGUUGAGUAAAAUAGUUUUCCAAAAUAGAAACUAUGGAGAGGAAAUUAGUUUGUCAAGUUAACCUACUUGUAUUUAUCGAAAAUAAUGUAUCAAAUGGUAGACCAACUAUUUGAGAAUAUUUUGCAAAUAGAACCAAAUAAAUAUCCUGUUAUUUCUAGGCACAGCAACAAAAGGUAGAUCAAAAGAGGAAAUUUUUCGAAAAAUUAAUAUCUCAAAAAGAGUGGAACUUUUACUAGGUUCAUUUUUUGCUAUGUUGUAGGUCUGCCUUUUCCCCAUCUUCCUCAUUGUUUUUACGUACUAUUUACCUGACGCCCUGUAGAUAGUGCAUUCUUCCAUCACUUGUUUGUUCUUGUUGAACUCGUUAUAAUAGGUGCUAAUGUGAUAUACAAAAAAGUUAUUUGAAGAAUUUGCUUUAAGCAUAGCUUGAACUGUUUCCUACUAAUUUUUUCUAUUCUAGAGUAGUUUGGGAAUAAGGUUUUCAUUUGUUGGAAGGUAUCUGUCAUGAGGACAUAAAUUUAAGAAUCAAUGAAUCAAAACUUUUAUAUGACAAAAACUCCUCCAUGGAGAUCUUUCUAUGAUGCAAUAACAUCCUAUAUUUUGAUUUUUUUUUUAUGAUUGAUCAAAAGGAAUGUUUAUUGUAUAUUAAUUCAUGAACACAAUGUAUUUAAGUGAAUCCUAAGAAAAAAUGCUUAAACGCAUAAAUUCUAUUGAAUUGAAUUCCUUUUGGUCUAUUGAUUCUAAAAAACAAUGUAAUCAUUGUUUUGAGAAAUUACUAUGCCAGCGAUAGCGGUGGACUCGCAUAGUUGAGAUUCAAGCUGUAGAAAGCGCUUCAAAAGAAUACCAACAGGUCUUGGAGUAUAAGUAUUGGUUAACAUAUUCCACCAUACGGUAUCUCAUUUAAUUAAAUUCGCUGCCUUCAGGAAAAUAAGCGAAAGUACCCACGCGAAGCCAACCACCUGCUCAUAAUAUACACGGUGUCCCAUUUCAUAUGUUCAAAAACUGCACAUUCCACAAAAAAAGUUUGGGGAACCAAGGGGACAAAAUAAAUCAAUGUGGCCUCAACAAUGACCUUGAUAUGACCCUCAACGCCAACAGAAUAUUUUUAAAUUUGAAGUGAAAGGAGAAGCAUAUUUACAUCCUAAAAUCAGAUUGGUCACGACCUUGACUGGUGCAUUUUAGGCCAUUUCGAGACACCAAAAACAAUUUGUUCUAGCAAAAAUGUUCGACAGCACGUUGUGAGGAUCACCUAAAUGUGAGCUUGACCAUGACCUAGAUCAAUACAAAAUUCUCCAAUAUUAGAAAAAGCUGGAAAUUGUAUGUCCGAAUAUGACCUUGAUCUCAAUAUCAAGGGCGUGUGAAGCUUAAUUGCUAUUUAAGGUCAAGAUCACAUUAGGACGAAAAAUCUCCGGCUUUUUCCAGUAUAAAAACGAGAGGUUUCCUUUGCCAAUUUUGGCCUGAGAUUUAAAGUCAAGGGGCAUUUAGAUGAUCAUCACAACUGUGCUGUCGAACAUUAUUGCUAAAGCAAUUUGUUUUGACCUUGAAGGCAAUGAGCAGUCAUAGGCAAGCUAGUUGUUCAGACGAAAAAUUUGCUGCUAUUUUCAAUUCCGACGUGAAGAAGUUGGGGUUCCUUUUGAAAAUAUCGACUUGACCUUGAAAUUGCCUUAAAGGUCUUAGUCAAGGUCAUUAUCAUUUUGACCUCUCAAUAUCCUACAACUUUUUUUCUAGAAUGCGAGGUUCUCGAAAUAUUUGGUGGCAAGAUUAAAAUGGGACACCAUGUAUAUGUCUUUAUAUCACCAUCUUUAUUCACUAUUAGACUGUUGCCACAGGUUAUGAAAUUAUGAGGAAUGUUGAUGGGUGGUUUUUCAUCGGAAGUUGUGCGAGUUGUGUAGCCGAGCAGAUAGCGGGUCAAGCUGCUAAUUGGUCGACUCGAAUCUCCGUAUCGGAAGUUAGUUUCGAGCCAUGAAUGUUGUGUUGUAUAUAUUGCGCAUCAGACCUGGAAGAUCAACAUAGGUACACCGCAUCGCUGGAGCUGGUUGACUAAAUAAUCAGUUGUCAGUAGAUGUCUUGUGGUAGUAGUACAGCGUUGAUACUACCGGGUCGGCAAAAAGGACCAAAGGUGGCCCUGGUUUCCAGGCAUCACCUGUCCACCACUACUACUUCCUUGGAAAUUUGAUGUCAUGUUUGAGAAUUAAUUAUUUUACUCAAAAGGAAAAUAGAGUUUGUUUUUAUUACCUUUAAGGUAUCGUAUUUGUCAGCAUAGAUGUGAUGGUGGAAAUUGUAAGUGAACACUUAGGUUUGGAAAUUAUCUUGGAAAAUAUGUUAAUCAAUGCUAUAAGGUGUUUGCUUUUCCUCUGAGCACUACAUUGACAUCGCAUCACAUGGUUCGCAGGUAACAUUAUUCUAUUAAGAUUUAAUUUUAGUCAAUUACAAAACGGUAAUCGAAAUUACCAGUUUUUAGAUCUUAGUGCAAAAGUGCAAUACAAUUUUAUAUUUUUAGUGAGGCUACGUACCCUCUUAUGAUUCAAAUAAUUUUUGUAGGAAUGAAUGAGAUGUUUAGGAAUUUAUUUACGUACUUAAAUAAGUUGUUUGACUAUUGUUUGUUGAAUCUAAAAAAUAAAGUAC